ACUCGCCGCGCGCGGAUGGAAAGCCUUGCAAACCCCUCUUUCGGCUUCCCCACAACUCACUAGGGUUUAAGAAAGCAACCAUAGUCUCUGUCAUUUUCCUUAAAAUGCUAUAAUGUUUUCGCCAUUUCUCUUUGAAUCAAGUCUGAAUUUUGGAAGCCUGCAAUGGUAGAAUUUGCAUCGAAAUCCACCACUAUAUCUACCCUGGACGCUCUCCACGCUUCAAAGCUUAAGAACUCUGAGCCCCUUACCCUUUUGAUUCGAAGGCCAACGAUUACUCAUUUGCCGAUUCCUUCGAGGAAAAGUUCAAAUGAUGCUUCAGGUUGGCAGCUGUAGAGAAUUAGGGCAAGAUUGUUUCACCGCUAGCUUAAUUCAAAGUAGCUUUUCUGCUCCAGUUAUGGAGUUCAAUCUCCGUAACUGCAGCGCUGCGAAAGGACAGCACUGCCUUUUCCUUUACCCUUCACUGGCCAGCCGAGAGCUCACUUUCGCGGAUUUUAAUUCUCAGAAGCAGAUUAAUAGAGGCCCAAAGGUAUCUCCAGGGUUUAAGCUUCAGUGUCGUUCAAGAACGUUGUCCACGCCCUCAAAAGGACUGUCGGCUAAUGGGAAGAAGAAGAGCUACGGAGGCAUUUUGCCCCCAAUCUUACGGUCUUUACGGUCCUCCAGCGAUGUAGGGAAUAUCCUAAGUUCCUUGUGUCAAAAUCUGAGUCCCAAAGAGCAAACCGUGAUACUUAAAGAACAGGGUCAGUGGGAAAGAGUCGUUCAGGUGUUCAAAUGGUUCAAGUCUCAAAAAGAUUACGUUCCCAAUGUAAUUCACUAUAACAUCGUGCUUCGAGCUCUAGGGCGAGCUAAAAAAUGGGAUGAGUUAAGGCUUUGUUGGAAUGAAAUGGCACAAAAUGGCGUCGUCCCAACUAAUAAUACGUAUGGAAUGCUCGUUGAUGUCUAUGGCAAGGCGGGUCUUGUAAAGGAGGCGCUUCUCUGGAUUAAACAUAUGAGAGUGAGAGGCAUUUUUCCAGAUGAGGUAACUAUGAACACUGUAGUUCGUGUCUUAAAGGAUGCUGGAGAAUUUGAUGCUGCAGAUAAAUUUUACAAGGAUUGGUGCAGGGGACUCGUUGGGCUGAAUGAUUUUGAUUUGAAUUCAGUGGUUGAUGAUUUUGGUUUAAAUUCUGCAACGGAAUCAAUUACUCUUAAACACUUUCUGUUGACCGAGCUUUUCAGGACAGGCAUGAGGAUUCCCAGCCGGAAAGAGUCAUCGGAGGUGCAUAAUUGCAUUCGGAAGCCAAGACUAACAUCUACAUACAAUACAUUGAUCGAUUUGUAUGGGAAGGCUGGGCGUCUCAAGGAUGCAGCUAACGUGUUUGCUGAAAUGCUGACAACAGGUAUCCCAAUGGAUACCAUUACUUUUAACACUAUGAUCUUUACCUGUGGGAGUCAUGGGCAUCUUACGGAGGCUGAAACUUUGCUCGCUAAGAUGGAAGAACGGGGAUUGUCUCCAGAUACCAAAACCUACAAUAUCUUUCUUUCUCUAUAUGCUGAUGAGGGGAAUAUUGAUGGGGUUCUCAAGUGUUAUAGAAGAAUCCGAGAGGUAGGUCUCUUUCCUGAUGUGGUAACUCAUAGAGCUCUUCUGCAUAUACUAUCUGAGAGGAAUAUGAUUGAAUAUGUGGAGAAUGUGUUAGCAGAAAUGGAGAAAUCACAUAUUCUUCUUGAUGAGCAUUCACUUCCUCGUGUUUUUAAAAUGUAUAUUAACAUAGGCCUGCUUGAUCGAGCCAAGAUAUUUCUUGAGAAGUAUGGAUUGAAUUCUGGACUGUCGCCUAGGAUAUCGGCUGCAAUUUUAGAUGCUUAUGCUGAAAAGGGAUUGUGGUCUGAAGCUGAGUCUGUUUUUUUAUCAAGAAGGGAUUCGGUAGGACAAAAAAUUGAUGUUAUGGAGUAUAAUGUCAUGAUAAAAGCUUAUGGCAAGGCAGAACUCUAUGACAAAGCGUUUCUUCUCUUCAAGGGCAUGAAAAACCGUGGCACUUGGCCUGAUGAGUGCACUUACAAUUCUCUAAUUCAAAUGUUCUCUGGAGGCAAUUUAGUUGAUGAAGCUAGGCGCCUUUUGAUUGAAAUGCAGGGAAUGGGGUUUAAACCAAACUGUCAGACCUUCUCUGCUGUUAUUGCAUCCUAUGCCCGCCUAGGACUGAUGUCUGAUGCAGUUGAAGUAUAUAAUUUCAUGGUAAAUGCAGGAGUUGAACCAAAUGAAAUCUUAUAUGGAAUCUUGAUUAAUGGAUUUGCUGAAAUUGGUCGAGCUGAAGAGGCACUUAAAUACUUCCACCUAAUGGAGAAAUCUGGAAUUGCUGAAAACCGGAUUGUGCUUACUUCCCUGAUAAAGGCGUUCAGUAAGGUGGGUAGCUUGGAAGGUGCAAAAGGAAUUUACAACAGGAUGAAAAACAUGGAGAACGGCAUAGAUAUUAUUGCAUCGAAUAGUAUGAUUAAUCUCUAUGCUGAUCUAGGGAUGGUAUCUGAGGCCAAAAUAGUUUUUGAAGAUCUGAGAGAACGGGGCUUGGCAGAUGGAGUCUCCUUUGCAACCAUGAUAUAUCUUUAUAAGAACAUGGGCAUGCUUGAUGAAGCCAUAGAGGUAGCAGAGGAAAUGAAAGAAUCAGGUUUGUUGAGGGAUUGUACUUCAUUUCACAAGGUUAUAGAAUGCUAUGCAAUUAAUGGACAACUAAGAGAAUGUGGUGAAUUGCUGUAUGAGAUGGUAACCAGGAAACUUUUGCCAGAUGGUGGAACCUUCAAAGUAUUAUUUACCAUAUUGAGGAAAGGAGGCAUCCCAAUAGAAGCCGUAACACAGCUAGAAUCAUCAUAUCAUGAAGGCAAACCUUAUGCACGACAAACUGUCAUGGCUGCAGUAUUCUCUGUUGUUGGUUUGCAUGCUCCUGCACUCGAGUCUUGUGAAACCUUCUUAAAGGCUGAAGUUCUUCUUGACUCGUCUGCAUACAAUGUCGCCAUAAAUGCUUACGGAACAUGUGGAGAAAUCGACAAAGCUUUAAACAUACUCAUGAAAAUGCAGGAUCUGAAUCUCAAACCAGACCUGGUAACGUAUAUCAAUCUAGUAGGUUGUUAUGGAAAAGCUGGUAUAAUUGAAGGUGUGAAGCGAGUAUACAGCCAGCUGAAAUAUGGCGAGAUAGAGCCCAACAAAUCAUUGUUCUAUGCGAUCAAAAAUGCAUUUAUGAGUGCCAAUAGAUAUGACCUCGUCCAAAUGGUCACCCAAGAAAUGAAAUUUGCUUUGGACUCAGAAGUGUAUUCUGAAUCCGAGCUCGAUGAUCAGUCGGAUGAAGAUUCCUCAGGUCUUUGAAAUCUCAAAACAGUGUAAUGUUUGCAAUAGCCAUUUGCUCGUAGUGUCUUGUAUAUUGUACAUAAGCCGCAUUAAGCAGGUCAAAGUUUGGUGCAUGAAACAGGAGGCCAGUGUCCUCAACAUCGAAAACCAAUAUACGUUGUGUCAAAUGCAAUCCUGGAUCUGGCAAUCACGUUGCAGUUGGUUCAGCAGAUCAUCAUAUUCAUUAUUAUGAUCUAA